ACGUAUACGGUAGUAGCGGCGUACGGUGACAGUAGUAGUGGUCGCGAGCCGUUCAAACCCGUCGGCUCUUGUCGUAGUCGUUUUUUUUCUCUCUCUCGUAAACAUACAUAUAUACAUGCACGUAAAAGCUGUUUUUUCUGCAUACGUCACGAGUGUUUCUACAUAAAUUAUCGUACACGCGCCGCCGUCACCGCGCGCCGACAUAUCGAAGUACCGUACCUCCGUUAGCACACGCACGCUCGUCGAUUAAAUAAAUAAUCAUAAUAAUACAUCGUCCGCCCGUCGUGUUGUGUAGCGUUUUCGGAUCGUACUUCGCGAUUGGGGCUGUGCCGGGCUCAUAAUGUUCGCGUGCCGACACGAGUGUUUUUAGUUGAGAACAAAUCGCGUUUACCGAUCGGUAUUCCGGCGGCGCAACCAUGUCGUCUUCGUCGUCGCCGUCGUCGUCGUCGUCGUCCGAUCCCAAGUGCCAGUUGAGCAUUGUAGACAUGCUGCUCAACGACUCGGUGGCGUUGGACGUGUUUGACAAGUCAACCGUAACGUCAGCGGACGGCGAAACCGGCAAAGACAAUUGGGACCUGGAGGAUGACAAUUUUCUUGACUCUCUGCUGAAAAUGGAAGACGAAUCUACUCCGUUCGACUUCUUGCCCACUGAUGACUUCAUAUCGAGCGGGGCCACUACACCGAGGUCCUAUGAUAAUGCUGAGAGCAGCAGCUCCUCAUGCUCGGACAGCGGACUUUCAUCUGUAGAUCAUAUGACAUUUAUUCCUACAUCAGAAUCUUCCAAGUCUGAGAAUGCUGAGAUUAAAAUGGAUCUCACAUAUGAUUCUUUUGUCAAAGAGGAAAUAAUUGAUAUUGAUGAUGAUGUUGAAGAAGAAUUAAAUGAUGUUGAUGGUGAUGAUGAAGAUAACAAUGCUAUAAAAGAAGAACCUACAAUUAUUCAACAACCACAAUUAUUGAAAACUCAACCUUGCCCAGUUAUUCUUUCUCCAAAACAAUCACAAGGGCCAAUUACAAUUUCCAAACAUUUGACAAAACCAGUUUUUAUACCGAUAAAUUUAUCUAACGUCAAAUCAAUCAAAGUUUUUAACCAGAAUGGUAAAACCAUAAAUGCUGAUUCGCUCAGACGAUUACAGUCUAUAAAUAAUGGAAGAAGAAUAUUUGUAAGGAAUAAUAAUUCUUUGGUAACAAAAUCUAUACCCAUUUUGAAACAGAACAAAGUAAAAGUUUCUGAUAGUACUAGUGAUGAGUCCGAUUCAAUGUAUCCACGACUUCAUUUAACGAAUGAAGAAAGGAAAUUAAUGGAAAAAGAAGGGAUUAAAUUGCCAGCACAUUAUCCUCUUACAAAACAUGAAGAAAGAGAUUUAAAGCGCAUUCGUCGAAAAAUAAGAAACAAGAUAUCAGCUCAAGAUUCAAGAAAACGAAAGAAGGAAUAUGUUGAUGGUCUUGAAGAAAGAGUUAAGCAAUGUUCCGAUGAAAAUAAUCAGUUGAUGAAAAAUGUACGCUCUCUUCAAACUGAAAAUGAACGUUUGAAAGCAGCUCUAAAACGUUUACAAAAUGCUAUUGCUCCAGGUGGAGCAACUGCACAACCAGCUACUUGUUUGUUGGUUCUUAUGAUGUCACUUGCUUUAAUAGCAGCACCUAAUUUGAGGCCUACAGUCUCUGAUGAAAAAGAUGUAAUGUCUAUAGAAGGUCAGGAAUCCAAUACAGCUGUUCCAGGUCGAUCAAGAAAUUUGUUAUUCUCCAAGUCAGGAUCACCUUUAAGCACUACCACUUUGAAAGAUAUGCUUAACAUGGUUGCCAAUGGAUCGUCUGCUGAUGGUCAAACUGAUACUAUUAUGGCUGAACUUGGGGAGCUGUUGGACUUCAAUGGUUUAACACGUAAUAAAGAUCAUGAUUAUUCUAGAACAAACAUGGAAGAUUAUUAUAUACCUGAGUCUGAUGAUGGCUGGACCAAAGUUGCUAAACGCACUGCUCCAACUGAGUGGGUUGAUGAAUUGAUAACACCAAUUGUGAAGAGUAGACGAGAAGGAGAACGAGUGAUUCUUGUAUCAAGUGAUGAAGAGUCUUAUUAAAUGAUAACAAAACUGGUGAGCGCAACAAGAGUUCUUAACAAUAUGCCACUGCUGUAUACCACUAGUUGGUGGUUUUCACUACUUCCUAAUGGUAUAAAAACUAUUCCAUUUUUAUUUUGUUUUAUUAAGGUAAUGUUUACCUU